AUGCGCUGCCUGUCGAUUGUCCGACUCCAAUCUGUUGGGUAUCAACUCCUGAUCUGGCCAACCAAGACAAGGACUGCAGCCAAAACAUUGUUCUGGGCUAAAAGAAAACCAGGUUGCCCUUGGAGAAAAAAAGAUUUACAGGUUAAACCAGAGGGGAGACACCCCAAGGUGGGCUGCACGACCCUCUCGGUGCUAGGGUCGGACAGACGUCGAUUGUUGUCUCUCCGUACGGGGCUCCGAAUCGCCGACGUUGUUGAGGUCCACCCAACACAGGUCUCAGAUGUCUCUCCGCGAUUUGCAACAGAUACCAGUGGCGCUGUAAGGCGACGGCAGCUGGGAGGAAUCGUAGAGUCAUUAUUUUUGGUGUGGGAGGCAGCAGCCUCAAUAGAAAUUCCAUUCCAUCCAUCCAUCGAGAAUUUUAUUGAGAUUGAUAUAUUUCGUACGAGUGUUACCUUCCAGUUCAUCAUCCCAAGGGAAGAUGGGGAUCGGGAUGGGAGAUGGGGAAGGGGAAGGGGAAGGGAAGAUGAAGGAUGA